CCUUCUUUUUUACUCCAUUUUUAUCUCUUCUUUCUGCGACUGAUAACGUUAUUGAUCGUUGGUUAUCACCACCUUAUCACUCUCAGCUCCCAAUCCCCAUACAAGAUUCCUUAUAAUCUCUCUCUCUCUCUCUCUUGUACUGCGCUUAUCUUUUUCUUUCUCUUUUUGCGUGGAUUUCAGUUAUUGGUUGUUGAAUGGACUGUGGGCUCUCUCCUUCCCUUCUCAAUUCUUCGCCUUUUGCGGGGAAGAGCGUGUUGGCGCCGACGACGCCGGCGUUCAGAUUCGGGUUCCCGAAUUCGCGGGUCGGAGGGUCCGGAAUCGGGUGGCGGAGAGCGUUGGUUGUGGCGGCGAGUGGCGGUCGGGCGAGUAGGAGCCAGUGUGAGUUCAGUGGGUUGAACGCGCCGCUGGAGCCGACCACGCCGUCGGGAAGGUUCUUGAGCACCGUGUUCCAGAACGAUCGCGAGUAUUUCCCGCUCGCCGUGGAGAAGCAGCUGGAGCAGCUGGCUUACGACCGGGAUGAAGCCGCGGCGAGGAUGACGUUGAGCUUGGCCUCCGAUGAAGCUUGCCUCCACAGGAGGAUUGCCGAGUUGAGAGCUCUGGACUGUGGAGCUGCGGUUGAAGAUGUGAUGUACAUGUCGAUACUCUACAAGUUCUCGGAGAUCAGGGUUCGUUUGGUUCCUCGCCUCUCGAAAUGCAUUUACAACGGGAGGCUCGAGAUAUGCCCUUCGAGGGACUGGGAGCUCGAGUCCAUCCACAGCUUGGAAGCUCUCGAGAUGGUGAAGGAGCAUCUCACCACCGUGGUUGGAUGGCGAGCGAAUUCCAAAGUCACCGACAACUGGGCGCCCACUCAAGUCCAACGCCUCCAUCUCUGCCGGGUCUACGCCGCCUCCAUUUUGUACGGCUAUUUCCUCAAGUCCGCCUCCCUGAGACACCAUCUCGAACAGAGCCUCGACGGCGGUCUCAGCCACUUGUCCACGCAAGUCUGUCCUUUAGGGUCCAAGAACGUCGCCCUCAGCCAGGGGGGCGGUGGUAUGCAGCCGUUGCUAACCGGCCCGAUAUCAUUCGUCCAGGGCGAGAAGCACGAAACGCUCAAGUCUUACGUGAUGGGUUUUGAUCCAGAAACGCUGCAAAUGUGUGCAAAACCGAAAUCCAAAUCGGCCAUGAACCUGAUCGAGAGGCAAAGCAGUGCGCUGUUUGGGGACGAAAGGUCGGGCCUUCUCCUCGAGAGCAAUGAGGUGAUUUUGACAUCGUUGGCGAGUCUUAAACGAAUAGUGCUCGAGGCCAUUGCCUUUGGUUCUUUCCUGUGGGAGACAGAAGAAUAUGUGAACAACAUAUAUGAUCUUGAGGCCAACUAAGCAAUGGCUGCCAUAGUAGUCUCCUCCAUUUGUGUAUAGAGUUUUGUGUUUUUCGUUUGUGUUAUGUUGUAUAGUGAGGCACCCACAACCCAGAAGCUAAUGUACAGAGUCCUCACGGAGGAAUUGAGUGAUCGAACAGAUAAUUUUGGUUUGAUGUUCUGUUUAGUCUCACAGCUAUGUGUUUGGAUUU